AUGGCUUCAUUCAAUUUGUUUAAUCUCGUCAUCUUCCGAAGCAUCAUGGACGUCGUGCAUUUCAUCGACGUGCGUGAGCAGAUACAGCUGGUGCUCAACGGCUCGGCUGGCGACCACAUCUUCAAAUUCUUUGCCGUCAACGCGACAACAGCCGACGUCCUGCUGUCGCAGCGACUCGACCGCGAGGUGAAAGAUUACUACCUCGUUCGGUGGUCAUAUCAAGACAGUGGUCAGCGAGAAAUACCCUACAUUUCGAUGUCGACGCAAGUUUACGUGUUGGAUGUUAACGAUAACAGGCCAGAGUUCACACUCGUACCAAAAGACCAGAAGGUAGCGGUGGCCGAG